AUGGGUUCGAAGAGACCGAGCUCCGGACCAGGUGUCUGUCCACCACAGCAGAAUGCCAAGCGCAGGCGCAUGGCUUCACCAACACCAGGCCCAUGUGCAAUCAAUACCAGCAAAGUGGAGAUGGUAAUCAGAGGAAAACUGAAGGAUGACUCUGUUGACACUGCGGAUUUAACUUCUCAAAUGAUGUGCUUUCUCUUUGACAAGGCAUUGAAGGAUCAGACUAAGGCUGGGAUGGAUGCCUAUGACAAAAUUUUGACCUGUCCGAUCCAUGUCACUGAUGAUGAGUUGAAGUUGGUGUUUUCCUUGUUGGAAUCCAACCAGACUUCUCUUACACCUCAUGAAAACUGCCAGAUCUUCUACCUCCGGUCUUUCAAUGUGGAGGUAAAGGGUUUGAAGAAGGUCAUGGAGGAUUGGUGUGCAAAAGGCCUUCAUGUUGCAGAAAUAAAGCUUUGGUCUGAGUAUAUUCAGGACCAUAAGAUGAUGGAUGAGGAGAGGAUGUAUAUUCGGUGUAUUGAAACUUGCGGAGAAGGGAAGAGGGCUUGGGACCACCAUAUGGAGGAUGUGAAGAGGCGGAGGACUGGUAAUUUUGCUGCAUUCUUGAAUUGUGUGGAGUUGAAGUAUGGUUCUGAGGCUGAGAGUAAUGUGGGCGCACCUAACACCUUGCUUGAAGGUUCUUCUGGUGCAAUUGCGGAACUCUUUCAACAGCUUGACCUGGAGGAUGAUAUGGAAGAGGCAAGUGUGAGGAUUUGGGUUCAGACAACAAUUUAUGAGUUUUCUUCAGUCCGGUCACGCUUCAACAAAAACCAGCACCACCAGGUCCAUGUCUAUCACAGAGAGCAAGUCUUGAUUGCCCUGUUCAAUAAAUCUCUGCUGCUCAAUUGCCAAGCUGGUGGCGCCUAUGCCAGUCAUCUCUCGCAUGAUGAGGAUCAAAAUCAGUUUCUUCAACUUAAGACUACCUUCUUUGCUCAACUUUCUCAACUGGAGCACAAGACAGAAGUACCUGGUGAGAUUUGGAAGCUUUUUGAGGAGAUGUCUGAGUUUGCGGAAAGGAAUGGUCAUCCUGCGGGCUGGUCUUCAGAGUUGCUAGAGGUCUUGGUUGAUGAAAGUACUCCCGUUUCGACACACACCAAACAUCUUAUCCUUCAUUGGUAA